AUGGCUCGCGAUAUCUUGAAAGCAGCCAAAUCCGCCUCGAACGCGGUUUCCGUUCAUAAGAAAUACACUGUCCAAUCCUACGGAAUUUGGGAACGUAUCCGUCGCCUACUGUCCAUUGCGCCCGAACGAUCCACCGGUAUCCCAUUGAAUGCUCAUUAUCGUCUUCCUACACCCGGAGGUCUUUCGCCUCUAACUUACGAUGACCCCGUAACUGCGCCAGCCGGUGACAUUGCCGACAAUCCCUACUGGAAACGGGAUGCCCGAAGGAACUACCCCAGGCUCAGCACUGUGAAUCAAGCAGAUGCUGUGGGUCUGCUUACCGUUGGAAGCCAGGCUGCGCCAAAGGAUGACGUCUUGCAGAUUGGAGAAGCAGGGCAAAAACAACUGGUUUCUGUCAAGCAGGAAGGCGAACAACGUGGUUUGGCUGCUCAUUUUGAGAAAGACAAAAAGGGCAUUCAGGGUGUUCUUGGCCCUAAUGGCCUGCCGCCGACGCCUUGUAAUCUGAAUGCAUCGGCAACAAAGUACCAGCUUGACCACGACAACGGCUACCCUGAAGUGUAUCCCUGCCGCACAUUCGUUUAA